AUGAACGAACGUUUCAACAAACUGGAACAGGUUGGCAUGAUGAGUGAUGAAAUGAACCCAAACAAUAACCAUGCAACUGAAGAAAAUAACAACCAAACGACUCCAGUAACAAUAUGCUCACAACCAGAAGCAAGGGACGAUAUCCCACAAGGUAAUUACCCACCUACUCCUUUACUUAAUAAUAUGAUAAUCAACGCAGGACUGCCAGAUACAACAAGGUGUACAAACAAUGAGCCGCUAAUAACAAAAAAUAAAGCCCGGAAAUAUCAAUUGAUAGAUUAUUCAUCGCUGAAGCAGCUACCAACAGUUCAGGGUUUUACAAACCCAAUAGCAGCCAGUAUCGAAAGUAAAAGGUUAUGGUGGAUUUCCAACUG